AUGAAAUUAAUAGAAUUUGUAAUACAUAGUUUAUUAAUCCUAAAUAAAUUAUUCUUAAUCAAUGGAUUACCAUCAAUAAUAUGUCCAUCUUCAAUAGAACUUCAUGAUACAUCAAAUCCAACAACAGUUGUUGGUAAUGGAACAUUAUCAUCAUGUAAUGAAAUAAAUUUAGCAAUUGCAUUAAAUCAUGGUGGAAUAAUAACAUUUAAUUGUAGUUUAAAUGGUCAAUCAGUAACAAUUGAUAUUCAGAAUCAAUUAGAUAUUUCAAAUACAACUGAUACAAUUAUUGAUGAUAAUGAUAUAAUUACCUUAAAUGGUUUAGGUUUAACAAGAAUUUUAAAAUUUAAUCGAAAUGAUUUUCGUUAUUCUACACCAAUGUUAACAGUUCAACGUUUAAGAUUUAUAAACGGUUAUUGUCAAGAUCUUGAUGGUGGUUGUGCAAUAUUUCAAUCACUUGGAGGUUCAACAAUUGUUAUUAAUUCUAUAUUUGAAAAUAAUACAGGACCUAUUGUUGGACAAGAUGUUGCUGGUGGUGCUAUUUGGACAAUUGGUGGUGGAACAACAACUAUUAUUAGAAGUAUUUUUUUAGAAAAUAAAUGUUCAAAUGGUGGUGGACUUGGAAUUCUUGGAAGUGGUCUAAUUAUUAUUAAUUCAUAUUUUGAAGGAAAUCAAGCAACUGGAAAUGGAGGUAAUCCAGGAAAUGGUGGAAAUGGUGGUGCUAUUAGUUUUGAUGGUUUAGGAAGAAAUAAUUCAAUUUGUGGAACAAGAUUUACAAAAAAUCAAGGAAAUAAAUAUGGUGGAGCAUUUUUUCGUGUUGCUUAUAAUGGAAGUGAAAGAAAUGAUUUUGAACAAAUUAUUGUUGAUAAUAAUUGGAUAUCACAAUCUGGUAAUGGUUUAGCUGGUGGUUUAUAUAUUCAAGGUAGUAUGAUAACAAUUAAAUAUGCAACUAUUAUUAAUAAUUCAGCUGAAGGUGGUGGUGGAAUUUUUUUUGCUAAUAAAAAAUUAGUUAUAUUAGAUUCAGUUCAUUUAAUAGAUAAUCAAGCUUAUGGUGGAUUAGGUGCUGCUAUUUUUUGUUCAAAUCCUGUUUCAGGAAUAUUUACAAAUCUUGUUGUAGCUAAUAAUCAUGCUGGAGCUUUUGCUGCUGCUUUUGCUUCUUGUUCAACAACAAUAACACUUUCAAAUACAAUUAUUGCAAAUAAUACUGUUGGAAAUCCAUGGCCAGCUAAUUCUUGUUCUUCUCCUAUGAAUGAUGGUUCAGGUGUUGUUCAAUCACCUAUUAAUAAACAAACACCAGCUUCAGGUCAAGAUGCUCUUUGUACAAAUGGAUCUGUUAUUGGACUUAAUAAUGUUACUGUUGUUUUAAAUCAAACAAAUUGGCAAAUUGAAAUUGUUGGUGCGCAAUCAUCAUAUUUAGGUCCAUUAUCAAUUUUAUCUAUAACUAAUUCUUAUCAAACAUCAACUCAAUCAUCAACUAUUACUAUAUUUCAUCGCUCAUUUUUUAUUUAUUUCAUUUUAUUUAGUUUUAUUCUUUUACAACGAAUUGUUUAA